CUUUUAUAUUGCAAUAUUUCCGACCAAAUGGAUCCCGAAGACGUAGCCGCUUUCCUCGACAAAAUCCACACGACGGAGGAGUCCCGAGCCGACAUAUUGCGACUUGUGCCUUCUGAGGAUGCCGUGACUAAAACAGGCUUGGACGAUGAGGCGAUAGAGAGUGAAUUGGGCGAUGUCAGUAAAUCAGUUGUCAAGCCACUCAUUAGCAAACCCGUUUCUUCUUCAUGGGGGCCAUUUGUGCUCGUGUCUGCCACUGGAGAUCCUGCUUACAGGAGUAAGCCAAUAAGCAUAUCCAAGGCAUCAUUUUCCACUAUCCUGCUGGCAUGUGGGCUUCCGUCAUUCACACUGCUGGCAUGCGGGAUGAAGCGUUUCCACCUGUCGCACCACGUCCAAUACGAUGACGCAGACGGCAGCGAGCAACCCGUCGCGCUGGUGCUGCUCCUCCGCAUCCCAAGGAACAGCCAGUCCGUCAGCAUCGCCAUGCGGAUCCGCCUCGCCGACCUGGCCACCGUCGCCUUCGUCACGAGCAUGAGCGAGGAGACAAGCAAGGCGAUACAGGAGAGGUGCACGGAGCGCCGCCGCCUGCUCGCCAGGCACCCGCUGUACUUCCUGGCGCUGGUGUACGAGGACCGCUGCGCCGAUUACAAGAGCUGGUUCGACGACAUCCUGGAGGAGAUCAACGUGGUCGAGUCGGCGACGGGCAUGACGCGCAACACGUGGAAGAUGCGGCUCUCGCCGCGGCUGCGGGGCUGGCUUGGUGAUUAUGACAACCUGCUGCGCACGCUGUACGCGAGCAACACCGAGCUGAGCCACUUCGACACCGUGACGACCUUCUCGGUCAAGCUGGGGGAUUUCCUGCUGCGCGCGCUGGGGAUGCUGGAUGAGCUGCGUCUCGAGGGCGGGUUGGCGCCGCUGCCUGGGAGGGAUCUCAGGGCCCUGCGGGAGAGGAUUGCUUUUACGAGGUCGCGGUGCGAUCUCACUGCUGACAAGACGAGGGAGAUGCUUGAGAGGGUCAAGGGACAGAUUAAUGUGGCCUUCAACCUCGUCGCACAGAGAGACAGCAAGGUCAACCUCGCGGUUGCCGAAGACUCUUACCAUGUCGCAACGCUUGCUGCACGCGAUAGCGAGACGAUGAAGACCAUCACGGUGCUAACAUUGGCUUUUCUUCCAUCCACAUUGGUCACGUCCAUGUGGUCUGCAGACUUAUUCCAACUCGAUCCCGCCACGAACUGGAAGGUAUACGUUGGCGUGACGCUCGCACUUACAGCUGUCGUGUUUGCCGCCUGGUUCUUAUACCUCCGGUACUCGAGCCUGAGGAGAGAAGAACGGCCUCUGCACAUUGCUGGUGUGGGUUACAUACGAGGAGGGAAAGUGGUUCAUACAGGUGCUGUCGAUCAAGACGAGGCUCCUGUGGACAUCCGCAGGGAAACUAACUGGCACGAUAAGUGAACGUUGAGGCUGGUUGGCACAUUGCCGGGAGGAAAUUGAAAGGGAUAUGCGCUGUUGUUAAAGGACCCCUACGGUCAACAGAUCCACCUGCAGGUGGACAAAAAUCAAAUGUCGGAGAGGGCAGUAAAGUAAGACGUUUGAAUGAUUAUUAUU